UCCUGCCUGCGCCUUGGCCGCUGCGAUCGCCGCCCCCUCCUCUCCCUCCGCCCCCGCCGCCGCCGCCUGGAAGCUUUAUUCUGGGCCGUGGAGGAGAGAAGUGCUAUGUCAGGAAAGUUCCGGGAGGAACUGGCUGGGGCCAUGCUCCCUGCUCUCCUCCUGCGGUGCCUGCGCGCUGCCCUUUGUAUGAGGCGAAAGGACUCCUAUGCAAGAUGGAACACCUUGUCUGUUUUCCAGAAUGUGUUUCCAAGCCCAUCAAUGGAACCUAAAACUGCUGUUCUCCUUUGAGAUGUUUGAAGAAUCCCCACAUCUCUGCGUGUAUCAUCCAUCUUGACACCAUGGUGGUCUCAUCAGCAGUAUUGACUGCAUCUCACAUUGGGCCGUCUAAUACGACGUUUGUAGUCUAUGAAAACACCUACAUGAAUGUUACAGUCCCUCCGCCACUCCAGCACCCGAGCCUCAGUCCUCUGCUUCGGUACAGUUUUGAAACCACGGCUCCCGCUGCUUUGAGCUCCUGGACAGUGAAUAGCACGGCUGUGCCCCCAACACCAGCAGUUUUUAAGAGCCUGAACUUGCCUCUACAGAUCAUCCUUUCUGCUAUAAUGAUAUUUAUUCUCUUUGUGUCUUUUCUUGGGAACUUGGUAGUUUGUCUCAUGGUUUACCAAAAAGCUGCCAUGCGAUCUGCAAUUAACAUCCUCCUUGCAAGCCUGGCUUUUGCAGACAUGUUGCUUGCAGUGUUGAACAUGCCCUUUGCCCUGAUAACUAUUCUUACUACCAGAUGGAUUUUUGGGAAAUUUUUCUGUAGGGUAUCUGCUAUGUUUUUCUGGUUGUUUGUGAUAGAGGGCGUAGCCAUCCUGGUUAUCAUUAGCAUUGAUAGAUUUCUUAUUAUAGUUCAGAGGCAGGAUAAGCUAAAUCCAUAUAGGGCCAAGGUUCUGAUUGCAGUUUCUUGGGCAGCUUCGUUUUGUGUAGCUUUUCCUUUGGCUGUAGGAAACCCUGACCUGCAGAUACCUUCCCGAGCCCCCCAGUGUGUGUUUGGAUAUACGACUGAUGUAGGCUACCAGACGUAUGUAAUUUUGAUUUCACUCAUUUCUUUCUUCAUACCCUUCCUGGUAAUACUGUAUUCAUUUAUGGGCAUCCUCAACACCCUGCGUCACAAUGCCUUGAGGAUCCACAGCUACCCUGAAGGUAUAUGCCUCAGCCAGGCCAGCAAGCUUGGUCUCAUGAGCCUACAGAGACCCUUCCAGAUGAGUAUUGACAUGGGGUUUAAAACGCGUGCCUUCACCACUAUUUUGAUUCUCUUUGCUGUCUUCAUUGUGUGCUGGGCCCCAUUCACCACUUACAGCCUUGUGGCAACAUUCAGCGAGCACUUUUACUAUAAAAACAACUUUUUUGAGAUUAGCACCUGGUUGCUCUGGCUCUGCUACCUCAAGUCUGCAUUGAACCCCUUGAUCUACUACUGGAGGAUUAAGAAAUUCCAUGAUGCCUGCCUGGAUAUGAUGCCCAAGUCCUUCAAGUUUUUGCCACAGCUCCCUGGUCACACAAAGCGACGGAUACGUCCUAGUGCUGUCUAUGUGUGUGGGGAACAUCGGACGGUAGUGUGAAUAUUGGAACCUAAUGACAUUUGGGGAUUGUUCUUAAUUGACUUUGUUUUCUUCCACAAGCUUCUCUAGUUAGAUUUUAUUAUUCCAAAUAUUGUUUGUGUGUGUGUGUACGCAGAUGUAAAGAAGGAUGUAAAGAAUAGUUACAUUUCUGUUACCCAUGAUGCACAAUAGGAAAGUGAUCACAAAGGAUACCUCCAGGAUUCAAGAGAAAUCCUUGCUUUAGAA